CCCCCAAAUCUUUUGAUUUAAAUUUGGAGGGCUCACCAAUACCUGUGAAAGACUUUCAAAAAGUCGCCGUGGAUCUUGUGAACUGCCUCAGAUGUACAUCCCACAUUCAAUUCAUGCCCCUUUGGCUCCUUUAUUUAUAGCUCAUAUAAUUUAUUGUUCACCUUGUCCAUAACCACUUGUGUGGUUGCUUCAUUUUAAGGAUUCAUACAUAAGAGAGAGAGAGAGAGAGAGAGAGAGAGAGAGAGAGAGAGAGAGAGAGAGAAUGAAGAACAUUCACACAUUUUUGACCAUUUCAAUCCUCUUCAUGAUACUAACAGUCACUAAAAGCCUCUUGCCCCACCAUUAUAUUCCGAGCACCUUCAACGAAAAAGUUACUUAUGCCAAAGAUGAUAGUGACAAGUACCACGAGAAUGGAGCAAAGGUAGAGCUUGGGAUGGAACUGUACCCAACAGGUUCAAGCUUGCCAGACUGCUCCCAUGCAUGUGGGCCAUGCUUUCCUUGCAAGAGGGUGAUGAUCAGCUUCAAGUGUUCAACCGAGUCUUGCCCAAUUGUUUACAGAUGCAUGUGCAGAGGCAAAUACUAUCAUGUGCCUUCCAACUGACCAAGUGGUUUCAAAUUUCUGAACAAAAUUGCCACAGAGUAACAAUGGAGCUGCUGAUUUCUAGUGGUGAUGACUUAAAGUGUUAGUUUGUAGUUUGUUGGAGCAUUUAGCUAGGCAGAACUUUGUUUCCCUUUCGGCCAAAAACUUCUUUUUGGCAUUAGGAAGAGAAAGAGAAAAGAGACAUGGGAAGUCUCUAUAUGUAUGUAGGCAUGAUAGAAUGAGUUUUGUGACUUGUGAGUUAAUUUGGUUAUUAGAAUAGAAUGUGUUCUUGUCUUCCGUUUUUAGCCUAAAAUGCAAGCAACU